CUGGAGCCUCGGGCACCGCCCCCGGGCGAGGAAAGGUGGGCGCCUGGGCGGGAAGCGUGGGGCGCGCCACGGGGAGGCGGUGGGCGGCGCAGAGCACUACCAGCCACCUGCAGGCUCGGUCCUCAGCACCCGCAGGUUCCGUGCGCCCCCUGCGCGCUGACCGAGCAUCUUUCACCCCGACCCUCCAGGGAGUCGGCGCCGGAGACCUGACUAGAAAUCCAGAAGCCCUUCCCUGGCCGGGAAGCCGGAUGCGCAGCUUUGACGAGAUUGGGACGACUUGCUCUUCUCACCUCCAGAACCGCCACUUCCCUCUCUCAGCGCCAGACGUCACGUUGAGAAAGCUGCUGGACUUAAUCUUUACAAGAAUCCCCUGCGGGGCGUGGCUGGCGUCCUCUAGCCGCACGGCCCUGGAGAGCUGGACUUGGCUGGGAGUGACUCUCGUUCUGAGCCUGAGGAGAGCGAGAGAGCGAGGAAGAGUGUGAGGGCCGAGCAUCCUCGGGAGGAGAUGCCUUUAAAAAAUCAUUCAUAGCAGCAGAAGAAACAGCUCUGUGUUGCUAUGUUUUGCUUGUACUGAGUGGUUUUCUGGUGAAAUGCUGUUUUGGUUAAAAGAAGAAAUGGCCCCUCAGGAGUUCACCCGGCGCCUGGACACAGUGAUCACUCAUGUCGAUGAAAUUAUGCAGCAGGAAAUCAGGCCUUUGUUGGCAGUGGAUAUAAUUGAACAACUUCACAGACAAUUUGCCAUUCUUUCAGGAGGCCAAGGGAAAGAUGGUGCCCCCAUCAUCACUUUUCCAGAGUUUGUGGGGUUCAAACACAUCUCAUAUGAGGACUUCCUGAAUGUCAUGACCUACCUCACCAGCAUCCCCGGUGUGGAGGCUGCCAGCAUUGGAUUCAUCAUUGUUAUCGACAGACGAAGGGACAAGUGGAGCUCCAUAAAAGCAUCCUUGACACGAAUAGCUGUAGCAUUUCCAGGAAACUUGCAGCUCAUAUUCAUUCUUCGUCCAUCUUGCUUUAUCCAGAGAACAUUCACUGACAUUGGCAUUAAGUUCUAUCGAGAUGAAUUUAAAAUGAAAGUGCCGAUCAUUAUGUUAAACUCCAUUUCUGACCUUCAUGGCUACAUUGACAAAAGCCAACUGACAGAGGACUUAGGGGGAACUUUGGAAUAUCGCCACAGUCAGUGGAUAAAUCAUCGAACUGCCAUUGAAAACUUUGCCUUGGCAUUAAAGACUACUGCCCAGAUGCUCCAGACUUUUGGGGCCUGCCUGGCCACAACAGAGCUGCCCAGAGGCGUGCCAUCCAGUGAAGACCUUCUCAUGUCCCAUACAAGGCAGCGGGGUCAGUUACAGGAUAAGCUGAAAUUACUUGGAAAGCAAGGGGCCACAUUGCUGUCAUGCAUUCAAGAACCAGCAACCAAAAAGCCCUCGAGCAAACUCAAUCUCAAUGAACUAGAGAAUGUAGCUACCAUGGAAAGGUUAUUGGUUCAGUUGGAUGAAACAGACAAGGCUUUUUGUCAGUUUUGGUCUGAGCAUCACCUGAAACUUAACCAAUGCCUACAACUACAGCACUUUGAACACAACUUUUUUGAGGUUAAGCUUACCCUGAAAAACUUGUUGGCAGAGCAAGCAGAGUUUACAGACAUCGGAGACAGUGUGAUGCGUGUGGAGCAACUUCUUAAGGAAUACAAAAAACUGGAAGGAGAAGGCCAGGAGCCUUUGGAAAAGGCCCAGCUGCUUGCAGUAAUUGGGGACCAGCUCAUCCAAAGCCACCACUAUGCAAUGGACUCCAUCAGACCCAGGUGCACAGAGCUCAGGCACCUCUGUGAUGACUUCAUCAAUGAAAACAAGAAAAAACAUGAGAUUUUAGAAAAGUCCUUGGAAUUACAUAGACAGCUGGACAAGGUCAGCCAGUGGUGUGAUGCGGGAAUCUACCUCUUGGCUUCUCAAGCUGUAGACAAGUGCCAGUCCCGAGAAGGAGUUGACAUUGCCUUGAACGACAUUGAGACAUUCCUGGACACAGCAAAAGAGUACCAGUUACCCAGCCCCAAGGAGUUUUACAGCCAGUUUGAGCUGAUCCUCACCCUUGAUAUGAAGGCCAAAGCUCAGAAAGUCCUGCAGAAGCUGGGUGAUGUGCAAGAAAUAUUUCACAAAAGGCAAAUGAGUCUGAUGAAACUGGCAGCCAGACAGACUCGCCCAGUGCAGCCCGUAGCCCCUCAUCCUGAGUCCUCCCCAAAAUGGGUGUCACCAAAAAUCAGCCAGCCCUCUGCCUUGGCUCCUCAUCGGAAAACAUCUGAGGAACCUUAUGCAGAAGCACAUUUGAGCUCCCUGGGAAAGGAAGAUGACGAGACUAAAUUUGAAGUCAAGAAUGAAGAAAUACUUGAAAGCAGUCAUGAUGGGGAGAACCCUGAGCCAGAGCAGAUUGACAGCUCUAAAAACCUUUCCCCGAGCAGGCGCAUUGUAUGUGACUUGCUUGAGACCGAAGAGACUUACAUAAAGGAGAUUAAGAACAUAAUUGAUGGAUAUAUCAUUCCAAUGGAUUUUAUUUGGCUGAAGCAUCUAAUUCCAGAUGUUCUUCAGAAUAACAAGGACUUUCUCUUUGGGAAUAUUAGAGAACUUUACGAAUUCCACAACAGGACUUUUCUAAAAGAAUUGGAAAAGUGUAGCGAAAAUCCUGAACUUCUGGCACGUUGCUUUCUAAAGAGAAAAGAAGAUCUUCAAAUAUAUUUUAAAUACCAUAAGAAUCUGCCCCGAGCCAGGGCAAUCUGGCAAGAAUGUCAAGACUGCACCUACUUUGGGGUAUGCCAGCGUCAACUGGGUCACACUCUCCCUCUUUUUAAGUACCUGAGAGGACCAAGCCAGAGACUUAUAAAGUACCAAAUGCUGCUGAAGGAUCUGCUGGAUUUUGAGUCUCCUGAGGAUUUCGAGAUGGACCCACGUGACCUAGAAGGAGGUUCAGUUAAGAAUGGACCAAAGAGGACCAAGGAGUCAGCCUUUUCAGCUGAACUACAACAAGCUUUGGCCAUGAUGGAGGAUUUGAUCAAGUCCUGUGAAUUGGCCGUGGACCUGGCAGCUGUCACCGGAUGUCCGGAUGAUAUUGGAAAAUUGGGGAAGCUGUUGAUGCAUGGCUCUUUCAACGUCUGGACCAUUCAAAAGGAUCGUUACAAGAUGAAAGACUUAAUUCGAUUUAAGCCCAGCCAGAGGCAAAUCUAUUUGUUUGAAAGGGGCAUAGUGUUCUGUAAGAUACGAAUGGAGCCCAAUGACCAGGGUCUAUCUCCUCACUACAGCUUUAAGAAGUCUAUCAAGUUGAUGACACUUUCAAUUCGCCAACUUGGAAGGAGGAGCAACAGAAAAUUUGAAAUCGCCCACCAAAAUGGACUUGAGAAAUACAUCUUGCAGGCAGCUUCAAAAGAAAUCAGAGAUUGCUGGUUUUCAGAAAUAAGUAAAUUAUUGAUGGAACAACAAAACAAUAUUAAAGAUGUUCAUGAGGAUGAAGACAAUGGCAGACAAAUCUCCCCCAAAUGCUGCUCCAGCAGGGAGUUUAUCUCCAUGGAAACCUUUGACGAUUGUGAAGGUGCAGAAGAUAUGGAAAAGGAGAGCAGUGCUCUGAGUGGCCACAAACUAAACUGAGGAGAGCCUUGGGGUGUCCACUGGCUUGCUCGCCCCUGCGGGGGAGACUAGUUUGUGGGCAGAGGCAAUGCGGCUGUAGAAAGAGUGCCUGAGGUCGCCCUCGCUGGAGAACUGACCCUCAUCCCGGAGAACUGACCCUCAUCCCGGAGAACUGACCCUCAUCCCGGAAAACCGACCCUCCCCGGUCGCCUUCAUUCCGGGGAGAUGCUGCUGUGGGCUCCGAGACCGGCCCGCCCUUAAGCAGAAGCAGCAAAGGGCCUUAGAGCCUGCGGCUCCGCCGCCGGGGCGGGUGACAACAGGGCGGUCUUCCCAGAACCUGAGGAGCAGUCCGCCCGCGGAGCCCAUCCCCACCCCAGCAUCGCCCGGCAGAGAACUUUGCGCAGCUUCACACGCGCCUGCGCAGGCGCAGGAACUCGGGUGCAGACCCCGCAGAGACACUCGGGUAGCUCGGCAGGCGCUUGCGCAGGGACUCGGCUCAAGUCCCACGGAGAGCCUCGAGCUGCUGGACACGCGCCUGCGGAGGUCAGCGGAGCCCAAUCUUGGAGUGUUCGGUGCAGGGUUUCUCGGUGUUGGCACUUUUGACUUUGGGGGCUGGAUAAUUCUUUGUUGUGGGGGCGGGGCUGUCUUGCGCACUGUAGGAUGUUUAGGAGCGUCUCUGGCCUCUACCCUCUAGACGCCAGUAACGCCCUACCCCCCUCCUGAAUUAUGACAAUCAAAAAUACCUUCAGAGAUUGCCAGAUUUCUCUUGGGGUGGCAAUGAGCUGGAAUGAGAAGCUCUGGUGCGGGCCGCUCAGACUCCACGGGGCACACCUCUCCUCCUCCCCCGAAUUCCCGCAAGAAUGCCAAUGUGGUGCCUGUGUUACUUUGUUCCAGGAUUGUUUCCUUUUAGUGAGGGUUGGUUACAAGUUAACUUCUGAGGUAUUUACGUUUAGAUUUAUAGGGUUUUAAGUUAGUUUCCGUUAUUUCAGCUAUUUAUUAUUUAUUUUAUUAGUUAACUUUGAUUUAUUUUCAGUUUUCUAGUUAUUUAAACUUUAAAGCUUUAAAGCUACCUGUUU